GCGGGAAUAAAAACCAAAAUUUUCUAUAAACCCUACUCUCUCUCUCUCACACACACACACACACCACCCGCUGAGACACUAUGCCGUCGUUCCCUCAGCCAGGCACAGUCACCGUUUGCGAAAUCAACAGAGAGCUCGUUACAGCAGACCACCUCAGCGAUGAUCAGGCGAGGGAGACCUAUGCUAAAAUCCUUGGAACUGUAUUUAGUCCUAUUCCGUUUGAAUCGGAUAACUUAUUAGGCACGGUAGCUGAACAGGAAGGAGUUUCACAAAGGAAAGGCAGCUUAGGCAUUUUAUCAGCAGCGACACGGGCGCUGUUCAGUGGCUCUCUAAAGCCUCUUUUCCAGCCUGCUGAUGUAAAAUUAUUGCAAGAUGUUGAUCUUCACAGUGUAAGUUGGCACCACCACAAAAAUAUUUUGGCAUUUAUUUCUGGGCCACAUCAUGUGACAAUCUGUGACUACAAUGAUUCUGAUGGAAAGCCUCCUUGCAUCUUGUCCAUUGAGUCCCAGAAAGAUGUAAAGAUUCUUGAAUGGAGACCAAAUGGAGGAAAAACCCUCUCUGUUGCAUGCAACGGUGGCAUUUGCAUCUGGGCUGCUUCAUACCCUGGUAAUGUUCCAUCUGUGAGAUCAGGGGUCACUUCAAACACACUCUCGAGAGGCUCUGGGGCUAGAUGGACUCUGGUGGAUUUCCUUCAAAGUUUUGAUUCUGAACAAAUUAGUGCCCUUUCAUGGAGUCCUGAUGGAAGAUUUUUAGCAUCAGCGUCAUUUGACAGUUCAUCUUUCACCAUUUGGGAUGUUUCUCAAGGUCUGGGCACUCCUAUUCGAAGGGGUCUAGGAGGCAUAUCCCUGUUGAAGUGGUCUCCCUCAGGCGAUUAUUUCUUUGCUGCAAAAUUUGAUGGGACAUUUUAUCUCUGGGAGACAAACACAUGGACAUCAGAACCAUGGUCCUCAAAAAAUGGAUUUGUCACGGGAGCAACAUGGGAUCCUGAUGGGCGAAUGAUACUUCUUUCAUUUUCUGAAUCUUCAACAUUAGGUUCUAUUCACUUUGCGUCUAAACCUCCAUCACUAGAUGCACACCUUAUUCCAGUUGAGUUACCAGAGAUAAACUCAUUGACUGACAGCCGAGUUAUUGAGAAGAUAGCAUGGGAUGCUUCAGGAGAGAGAUUGGCAGUAUCAUAUAGAGACGGUGAUGAGUUGUACAAAGGUCUCAUAGCCAUAUUUGAUGUCAAACAAAGCCCCUUAAUUUCAACAUCAUUGAUUGGAUUCAUCCGAGGUCCUGGGGACAAUCCGAAGCCAAUAGCUUUUUCAUUCCAUGACAAGUUCAAACAGGGUCCAUUGCUUUCUGUGUGUUGGAGCAGUGGAUUUUGCUGCACCUACCCUCUUAUAUUUCGCUCAAACAUUCUACCAUAGCUGAGAGAUUAACCAGAGGAGUUGAAUAGUAAAUCAGAGAACAACAUUGCCAGGCCAGAGGAAAAUCCAGUCCUGCUCUGCAAGUAACUACUAUUCAAGUACCAAAAUUGAUGAUUCUGACAAGCAAUUCUGCAGACCUGGCAUUACAGAUUCUGAAAUUAUGUUUCAAUUUCAGGUUUUUGCAGAGAUUUUUUCUUUAGGUAACUGCUGCUGCAGUAAUGUAUCACUGAGUAUCAGAAUGUCUGAUGUUUUGAGUUCUUACAGGAGGAGCUCCUUAGGUGCAAUUCUCUAUCAACUUGACUGUAUAUUGAGGUGUAAUACCCUGCCAAGGGGUAAGUUCAGGAUUUUAUGUAAAAACCAGUCAUAACUUGAGAGGUUCAAGUGUUUGUGUAAUGAUGAAACAAUGGAUUUCUGCAAUUACAUCAAUUGUAUUGCCA